AUGGAGGAGUUGAAAGCAACACUGCAAGAAAUGACACAAGCAGCACGGCAAGAAAUGGAGCUACCAAAUGCCUCAUUAAUCAUUGCAACGAAAGGCCCUUCACUUUCUAGCACUAGCAGAAUCGCCCGUGAGCUAGCUGACUCCUACGGACACCCUCUUAUCGAUGAAAAUGAUAUCGCCCGAGCCCUUGAAAGCAUCCAUCCAACCUACGCACCCAGAGCCAAGGUCUCACCAGAACAUUUCAAGAAGUUAACUUUUGAAGUUUUGUAUCAUGUGGCUUCAACCCAACUCAAUCGGCAGAUCUCAGUUACCAUCAACACAACACUCUCCGAUCGUGCCUACCUUGAUCGGUUCGUGACUCUAGCAAGUUCAACGAGGGUUUGUUUGAUCAUCAUCGAAUGUGAUGCGCAAGGUCAGCACAACACUGGUUAUGUUGUCCCUGAUCAUGUUCUGAAGCUCUCUGUCAACACACAGUCAUUUUCAUUAGAUGAAGUCGCACCUGGUCAUGACCAUUCAAUGGCACUUCCCCUUUCGGUAAGUGGCGAGCCCCUUCGAGAUUAUCCAUCAAGCAAUGUGUUACCCCAAUCUUCAGCUUCACAGGACGAGGUCCUGAAAGAGAUUGAUAGCAAAAAACCAAUGAACGACCACUUGCAUGCAUUAGUCUUAUCAGAAGAACCAAAGAAGGAUAAACUUGUAUGCAAGCGUUGCUCGAAACGCAUUGCAGAUCAAAACUAUUACUGUGAUGAGUGUGAUGAAUUCAUCCUACACAAAUCAUGUGCCGAGACCCCUGGUGAAAUAAAGGCCCUUGCACAAAACUGCCCUCGAUACCUGAGAGAAAUUAGCCCCAGGUGUGAAUCCUCAGAGACACGUAAAUGCAGCAAUUGUGAUGAAUUCUCUACCAGUUGUUACGAUUGCCUCCUCGAAACCAACCUGCAUUGUAGAUUCCUGCCACCAAUUCUUCAUCGCAAAUGGCACGAACAGCCGCUGAAUUUCAUUAUCAUUCCACAUGCGUUUAAUUAUCAAUACCUGUGCUGUGCUUGUGGUAAACUAGGCAAGUCUAUCAGCUACAAAUGCUAUGACUGCUACUACGAUCUUCAUAUCAACUGUGUUUUGCUACCAACCACUGUUGCAUUCAAAAGUGACAAACACCGGCUGUCUCUUUCACAAGAAGAUUCCGAUGAGUACACUUGCGACAUUUGCAAGGAAAAAGGGGAUCGAAGCGAAUGGUUAUUCCAGUGUGGAGACUGUGAUUUAGCUGUUCACAUAAGGUGCAUGCCUGACCUGAAGAACAGCACAACAACCUAUUAG